AUGACCGCAAAGGGAAUGAUCGCUGGCCACUUGCAGGCUGAUACAGUGUGGAAGUACAACCUCGUUCGAGUUAUGGUAGAUCUAAUGGCUAACCAACCAAAUUUUGAAGACCAUGAGGACUUUGAAGACGGUGAACUUCCUGAAGACGGUGAAAUUUGUGACGAUGAUGAAGAUCCAAUGAGAGCAAGCGCAGCGGCAAGUAAUUCAAGUCCUAAUCAAAGUGCAAGCGCUGUUAACCAGUCCACAACAGACAGUGCCUCUCCGAAUCCUGCUAAAAUCCGAUCGGCCAAAGAAGUGGGUUUGCCGGAGGAAAAGCCGACACAAAGUAUGUGGGCGAGCAAGGUUGCAGCAGCAGAGGAAAAAGUUGGCGACGUUUUUGGGUAUGGUGCUGAGGACAAAGACUAUCGAUUUGAGGAAGAAAGCAAUGGAGAUUUUGACUAUCGCCAAGGGGGUCAUGUUGGCAGACGGCGACGUCACUCUCCUCAAAACGAUGAAGAAUGGGACAUGCGUGGCCCCAAACGUCCCUAUGGCGGACGUGGAUUCCGUGGCUUUCGUCCGAAACCACGUUGGGCAACCGAACAUCAAAUAUGCAAGUUUUUCCGAGAAGGCUAUUGCAGAGAUGGCGAUAACUGUGCUUACUCUCACCAGGCGGAGGACUCCCUUCGUCGCCCCGAACUCUGCAAAUUCUACCAGCAAGGAUUCUGUAAGAAAGGACUUACAUGCCUUCUUCUGCAUGGAGAAUUUCCGUGCAAAGCAUUUCACAAAGGAGAAUGCAGCCGUGAUCCGUGCCACUUCAGCCAUGUUCCUUUGACGGACUAUACUCGACCUCUCUUCGAGCGCAUGUGUCAAGAAGAUGAAAUGUAUGCCAGCCGUGGCCUCGGUGGCCCACCCGUGCCUAUGAAACGACGUGUUCUUCUUCCGCAAGGGCCGAGUGCUCAGCAAGCACUCCCUCCUACUUCAACUGCUCCUGUAAUUCACGCUGCCGUUCCGCAACAAGCCGUUAACGGAGGUCCUCUUGCGCCGCCGUCGGUAGUUGUGCCGUCAUUGACACCAACGCCCCCUCCUUUUCCCGCUAUGCCGCCCAGAUUGCCCUAUUACUCCGCUCCUGCCCAUGCUUCGCCCAGAUUCGACGAGGUCACUUCAGUCGCGGGUGCAGCUGCCGCAACGCCCGCCACAAAUAGUGCUCCUCCAACGCAGUUUAAUAUUAGUCAGAUGUUAGCUCAGAUUGCUGGUGAUUCUAUUGCCGAUGACGAAAGUCCAGCUAGUCCUCCAAUGGGAUGUGGAUCAGCUGAGAGUGCUGUAGUGCGUCAGAUUCCAGAAGGAAACGUCGUAGCGUGGAAACUGAUAGCAGUGGAUGCCCCACCCACGUAUUCGGGCGUUACUCCUGAUCUCUCAGUCACAAGCCAAGAUCCUAGGAUGAAUCGAGUGAUGCAGUCACAAUUUGAUGCAGUAUCUUCGCUAAUUGCUGGUACCCCCGCAGCUGACUCCUCAGUUAAUCGGACAGACUUAAAAUUUAGGCCGGAGGAACGGAGGCCCAGUGAUGAGAGGCCUCGUGCAUCAUCUUGGAUGCCACAAAUGGCUUAA